CAAGGGUGUCGAUUCUGAAGCUGGCACACUGGAGGAGGAAAAAGCGAUACUGUGUGGUUACAUUUAUAAACAGCAAAAAAGAAAAAAGAAACGGAUGUGCUUCAGAAAACGCAACGGCUACCGCCAUCCAGACCAUUUUCAUGCCAAAAUUAGUGGCAGAAAGAGGAAGCAACAACGCUGACUCACUAGGUUUCACACACGCCCUUGUGUCGCUUACAACAUCAGGCCAGUUACAACACUUCCUUUCUCUGCCUGUUUCUUGCUUGCUUUGCUGUGAACUGUACAGAGGCCAAAUCUCUGUUAUACAAGAUUUAAAGUGCAUAUCACAGUACACAGGCCCUGUCCCAGCAGAGCGCGAGUCUCCGAUGGCACGGAGCGAGAUGUCCCCGAGCCGGGCGCAGCACUCACCCCCCACACAGAGACCCAACGCCUGCUGCUUCUGCUGGUGCUGCUGCUGUAGCUGCUCUUGUCUCACUAUUAGGAGAGAAGAUGAGAGUCGGCGGAGAUUGAAAGCCCAGGAGACUAAGCUGGAGACCAUACCAAACUGUGAACCUUGCACCAAACCAACGGUGGAGGAGAUGAAACAGUGGGCUCAGUCCUUCGAUAAGCUGAUGAAGAACCCAGCAGGCCGGAACGUGUUCCGUGAGUUUCUGCGAACAGAGUACAGCGAGGAGAACAUGCUCUUUUGGUUGGCCUGUGAGGACCUGAAGAAGGAGAUCAACAAGAACAUGAUAGAGGAGAAGGCACGCAUGAUCUACGAAGACUACGUCUCUAUUCUUUCACCUAAAGAGGUGAGUUUGGACUCGCGGGUGCGUGAGGUAAUCAACAGGAAGAUGCAGGACCCGACUCCGCACACAUUUGAGGACGCGCAGCUGCAGAUCUACACGCUCAUGCACAGAGACUCGUACCCACGCUUCCUCAACUCACCCAUCUAUAGAUCACUGGUGCAGGGGGGCUCACGCUCCUCCUCCGAGUCCUAAACCCGCCUCUACCCACUUCUCUCCCUGCGUUCAUCCUUCCAUCACACAACCACUAAAGGGGAAAGUAUGUGUUGGCUUCUUGUCAUGGUUGGAUUAUGCCUCUUUUUCCCCCGUGUUUUACUUUGACUUCACCUCUUGUCUGUUGUCUCGGAGGGCGCGCCAUCCCUCUGGAAUAUUCUGAACCUGCACAGACUGAAACUGGAAGACACAGGGUUAAAGAAGUAGUCAUAGUCAUUCCACUGCUUGUGACGACGGAAACGACUACUGAUCCACGCGAGUCUCUCUGUCCAUUGUUCCCUUUUUCCAUAGGUGUGUGUACGAACACAGAUUAGAACUCGUUUUAUCUUUUUAUCUGAUGUCAUAAGUUGACAAAAGACAAGAGAGCCUCUGCAAUAAGACACACUGGAGUCGACUUUCUGUGCUCCGCAUACGACCGGUUUGCCUAUUAUCUAUGACCUUUGACCUGUCCACUGUCUCACUUCUCUGAGAUCAGCUCUCUGAGACAUGGGAUUGAGUGGUGGUGGAUGGUUAUGUCUGUUACCGGAGGGGCUGAAAGUUUCCCAGUUGCAAAAAAAAAAAGAAAAUAAUAUUUAGGAUGUUAACAAGUUUUAACAAAUGCUAUUGAAAACAACAAUAAGUGGAAAAUAGAUGUAGAUACAAAGAAAAAAGCGAGUGGUGAGAAAGUGCUUAAGUCUUAAUUAGACUGGUCACUCAAAAUGCAUUUUAAAUUUAGUAUUGUUAAUGUUAUUUAUUUUCUAUUUUGUCAACUUUUGUUCUUGUACAGUCAAUUUUAAAUCCAGUAUGGAUGAUGCAAACCGAGCAAGGUCACGAGUGCGUCAUAGUGCACUGUGUGUGUGUGUGUGUGUAUGUAUGUGUGUAUGUAUGUGUGCGCGCGUGUGUAAGCAAACCUCAGCCGCCCUGGCACAUCCUUAUUUAAAGGAUGAAAAGCUUGAUGGGUCACAUGACCCUUUCCUUGGCAAAAAUUGCGAAAAAUCAGAGAUGCUGCUUUCUGGGUUUCUCUUCUGGAUAAAUUCCAGGGUUUCUUUAGUAAUUCUUCAGUAUUGUAAUAUUUUGGCAAAUACACUCCUUAAUUCAGAUGAAUUUAUAAGGAUUGUUUAUAGAUGCAAAGCACCUCAAAAACCUCUCAUGUGCGUGUUUUUUAAUCACAUAUGAAGCGAAACCAGUGUUAGUGUUGCUACUACCUUAUAAUAUUAAUCUGGACACUGUACUUUGUGUGAUUGAACAGCUGCACUGCGAUUGUCCUCACUUUCUGUCUUCCUCUUCACAUUCUCAUUUAUUAUCACAAGAGGAGGCAACUUGUAAGGUUUGACCGAAUAACAAUCACUUCCAUUCGAAUAAACCCAGAGCAAGCCCAGCUCCCUUCAGUUAUUAGACCCAAAUCAGGCUGGAGAGAGGAACUCUGGCAAAACACCAAGCAUUUUAUAGAAAAGUGGUGCUUCACAUCUAUGACAUUGUGUGUCCUUGUUGACAUUUCUAGAGUUUGUGAAUAGUCACUUAGCAUGAUGAAUGGAACUCUACCUGAGCAUCUGGACCUUGACUUGUGUACUGUGCAGGACUUGCAUUCAUUGUGCUACAGGAAAUGUUUAAACUGCAUAAAUAGCUGUAUUGAAUUCAUCUGAUUUUAGGACCAUUUCACAACCAAAAGUCUGGACUGGGUUUCAGCGCACAGAGGCCUGGGAUGAGACAUUAGUCAUAUAGGACGGUCACAGAACCCUGCAAGCAAAUACGCACACUUCGGCCCUGUCCGCAUGUCCAUGGAUAUUUUUGAAAACAGUUCACGUGAAAAAGUCUUUUUCACAGUGUGAACCUGCACAUGCCCGCUUUGGUUUGUACGUGUAAUGGCUGUGCUUAUUUCAUAUUUGUUUCUAAUUUCAUUACACCCAUGUGCAGAGGCGCCUGAAUCCACUACUCUAGCGGUACAAACUAUACUGUGAACAGAAAUUAUCAAUAGGACCCAAGCGUAACCUUAAGCAGGAGUUCAGCCUCAAUAUCGGGCUACACAUACGAAUUUGACAUUUUUCAUUUUAGAACUUUUGGGAAACUGCAGCCAUGGCCAGCAAAAUGCAGUUAAUGAAAAUGAAUGGUCAUGUUGGUGUUUCUCCACAUUUUGCCUUCUCUACCACUCAGUACACAUGUUUACAACAGUUUAUGAAAUGCCAUCACUGCCUAGUUGGUUGGCCUGCUCAUGUAAAUGCUUGCAAAUCAUUUUUGCAUUUUCAUGUGGUACACUAUAUGGCCAAAAGUGUGUGGACACCUGACCAUAACAUAUAUUAUUGGACAUAUUGGUCUUCCCCAAACUGUUUCCACAAAGUUUGAAGCACAUAAUUGUCUUCAACGUCUUUGUAUGCUGCAGCAUUUAGAUAUCCCUUCACUGGAAUAAUUCUUCUUCUUCUUUCGGCUGCUCCAGUUAGGGGUCACCACAGUGGAUCUGUUCCGCAUAUUUGAUUUGGUAUAUCUUUUACAGCAGAUGCCCUUCCUGACGCACCCCUCCCCAAUCUAUCCGUGCUUGGGGACAGCACUAAGUAUGCACUGUUUUUUGUACAACCCCAGUGGCUGGGUAUUUUACCUAAUCUGCAUAUUUUUGAACUUCCCCAAAACUGUGGGGGAAACCAGAGCACCCAAAGGGGAAAACAUGCAAACUCCGCACAGAAGGGCCCCCGUCGGCCUUGAACCCAGAACCUUCUUGCUGUGAGACAACAGUGCCACCUAUCCCUCCCUUCACUGGAACCAAGAGUCCCAAACCGGAUUGAACAUGACAAUGCUCCUGUGCACAAAGGUCCAUAAAAGCAUAGUUUGCCAGCAUGUUGAUGGACUUGGUUGGCCUGCACAGAGCCCUGACCUCAACCCUAUUGAACACCUUUGGGAUGAAUUGGAACACCUACUUCACACCAGGCCUUCUUGUGGGUGAAUAAGUAAAAAUCCACACAGCCAUGCGCCAAGAUCUAGUGGAAAGCCUUCUCAGAAGUGUGAAGCUGUUUAUAACAGCAAAGGAGGGACCAAUUCAUAUUAAUGGCUAUGAUUCUGGAAUGGGAUGUUCAAUAACACUAGGUGUCCACAUACUUUUGGCCAUAUAUUGGAUUUUCAAAAUUGUUCUCUGUGUAAAUGGGAUUUGCUUUCGAAAGGGGUAAAAAACAUGUUUUCAAAAAUAUGUGUAUAUUUGUGGAUGGGGCCUUAUAGACAAAAAAAAAAAAAACAGCUUUAACCCGUAUUGUGUAUUGUGCUGAUACUGAUGGUACUGUAUAUUUAAACGAUAAUCAUAUUUCGUUCUGGUGAUGUGAUGCUGGAUGGAUGGGUUGAGCCGAGCUGAUGCAUAUUACACCUUCUCCCCCAUUAACACACUUAAUGUACUGUGGUGGGUUUCCCAAAAGCCUCUUAACGCUAAGAGCAUCUUAACUAGGAGAGAGAGUGUUCAUUGUGCUGCUCGCUCUACCAUUUAACGAUGCUCUUUGUCCUGCAGUGCUUUUGGGAAACCCACACCAGAGCAGUUGGUCUAUUGAUAGUGCAUCAAGGCUACUGGAGUAAGACUUUUGGAAACACCUUACUUACUCAUUCCCUUCAUGACAGCUGACAAAUAUUUAAAAAACAUUAUUCCAGCAGUCAUCAGCUGACAUAAAGGCAUUUGCAGGUAAACACAUAAUAUGACUGAUACACCAGAUAUACACUGAGCUGUGUCAUUUAUCAUGAUAUUCUACUGUAAGUACAGUGGUGCUUGAAAGUUUGUGAACCCUUUAGAAUUUUCUAUA